UCAGUGUGGACCCUCCUGUGAUGCUCAUGCUCACAUGCAUCAGAAGGUUGAGAGAGGCCACAGCCCCACUGUACCAGGAGAGGAACACACGGUUCUGAUACCUCCAAAGCGACGGCGUUCGGCUUAAAGUUGUUUUUCAAUUGACGGGUCUUGACGACAAAAAGAAUACGACCGCAUUUCACCGGGACUCAAGGUUUGGCGGAGGGAUUUCGACUGCAGUCGCUGAAGUCCGCAUCAGUUGCACGGCUUUUUCCUGACACGACGGCCUGACACUUUUCCUCCCAUCCGUGCCCUGAUUUAGAUGGCAAGCUUUCCAGAUCUGGUGAACAGAAGUGACAUCGGUAAGGCUAAGUUAGUCGGAGAACUUCGGGUACCUGCGUCUCCCUACGAUCCCAAGUCUGGACGUGAGGCUUGGACAGUCGCCUUUGCACCAAAUGGUUCCUACUUUGCAUGGUCACAGGGACAUCGUAUCGUCAAGCUAAUACCCUGGAAAAAAUGUCUGAAGAACUUUUCUGUGGGCCAAGUGGCAGAGGAAACCAGUGCUGCAAGUCCCCGUCGUUCAUCCAUCCAAAGCAGCGAUGUAUCACCAGAGCCUCCUGAACACACCAUAGACUGUGGUGACAUUGUUUGGGGAUUAGCGUUUGGCUCCUCUGUUCCAGAGAAGCAGAGUCGCUGUAUUAACAUCGAAUGGCACAGAUUCAAGUUUGGCCAGGACCAGCUGCUGUUAGCAAGUGGUCUGAGCAAUGGACGCAUCAAGAUUUGGGAUGUUUAUAGCGGGAAAUUGCUGUUAAAUCUGAUGGAUCACACUGAUAUUGUGCGAGAUUUGACCUUUGCGCCUGAUGGAAGUCUUAUGCUGGUGUCUGCAUCCAGAGAUAAGACACUGCGAGUUUGGGACCUCAAAGAUGAUGGUAAUAUGGUGAAGGUCCUUUGGGGGCAUCCGAACUGGGUAUAUUGCAGCGCCUUCUCCCCUGACUCCUCCAUACUGUGUUCUGUUGGUGCUGGGAAAGCAGUGUUCCUAUGGAACAUGGAUAAAUAUACAUUGAUCCAGAAACUGGAGGGGCACCACAAUGAUGUGGUGUCUUGUGAGUUUUCACCUGAUGGGUCGCUGUUGGCCACUGCCUCCCAUGACACCAGGGUUAUCAUAUGGGACCACCAAAAGGCCGCCAUUCUUAUGGAGCUCGGUCAUCUAUUCCCGCCUCCAUCUCCAAUUUUUGCUGGUGGAGCAAACGACCGUUGGGUUCGCUCUGUGAGCUUCUGCCCUGAUGGCCGCCACAUCGCCAGCCUUGCUGAUGACAGGCUUGUUCGUUUCUGGAAUCUGGAGGAACGAGCUCCACAGGCCAUCUGCUCCUUAUCCAAUGGUCUCUGCUGUGCCUUCUCAGCUGAAGGGGGUGUUCUUGCUGCCGGGAGUCAAGAUGGUACUGUGCACUUCUGGGAGUGUCCUCGUAGCGUCAGCAGCCUUCAACACAUGUCCAGAAUGGCCCUUAGACGAGUGAUGAGCACCCAGCAUGUGGAAGCCCUGGCCAUUCCCAGACCACUCCGGGACUACCUGACCUACAGAGUCAUUUGAAGCCUGCGGCUCCCACUUAAAAGCUGGCAUACUGUUGACUGAUGUCUUAAUGUUAAACUGAACGAGCUUUGGGAAAAUGGUCAAGUUGAAUUUUGUCAAAUUUCAAAUAUAUAUAUAUAUAUACAGAGAAAGAGACAGAGAAUUCCCAAUCUGAGCCACUCUUGACUCUCAUCAUCAGGAGAUGAAAAUUUGGACAUGUGCACCACCACUUACACUUGUAGGUAUUGUUAAGGUUGUAGCUGCUUUGGACCAGAGGAAAGCUGCACCUCAGUUGUCUGAAGCUUAAAGCAAAAAAAGUUUGUUUUUUACUGCACACUUGUCUUUAUACAGUUUUAUCUUCUUGAUGUAUUUGUUCACAUUCUCACAAUUCUAUUGAUUUCUCCCAGUUUUUCCCUCACAUUUUUCCUUUUUAAUGUGAACCUGUCUCCAUGCUCAGCGUUUCAUUAAGUAGUCAAUUUUAUGACUGACUACAAGACAAAAAUUGAGGAACUGAGUGUGAUUGAACUCUGUGUGAAUCAUGCACAUUAAGUCACUGUGGCUAACUAUUUGUUUCAACAUCUGUCAGCAAUAAUGCCAAAGUACACAAGAUGUAGAUGUGUGGCGAGUCCGGACAUUAUAAUAUUGCUACAGCAGUGAAGAGAUUUUCUGAAUUGUACAUGAAUGUAAACUUUUUCUUGUGAUUCACAGUAUUUUGUGCUUCUACAUAAAAAUAAAGACUAAAAAAACACUUGUUAUAUUUGUGG